AUGCAACAUACAAACAUCUUUAUUUAGAGCUCUCAGUAUAUUCCUGAACAAUCAGAACCAAUUAAAUUUUUAGAUUUUUCUAGAGAGCCAUAUUUGGAUCAAUCAAAUAUUGAUACUUAUAGAAAGUAAGAAAAGCUUGGAAGAUUUAAUUAGAUUUAUAAAAGUUAUUACUAUAUAAUAUAAUUUAGAUAGAGAAUCCAUAUAGAUUAAGUUGGGCUAAUGCAAUAUUACAUAAACACUAUAAUGUUGAUAUUCUUGAAAAAGGAAGUAAAAUUAUAAUAAAAAAAUUACCUGAAACAGAAGGUACCUCUUAAACUCUUUUCAAUCAUUUACCAGUAAUAUAGAAAUCAUAAAAAAGAGAAAAAGAUCAAAUAUUUUCUAGUAUUUCUCAAUAUGCUAAAAAUAAUUUGGAUAAAUUCUUUAAAUAAAAAAGAAAAUAUCAUUUAUCUACAUCUACAGAAAAUAAUAGUUAUAAUAUGCACAAUUCAUCCUGUAAGUAAACAGAAAUGAAUGAUGCAUUCUCAUUAAUUUAAGUAAAAAGUUAAGAUAGGUUGAUGCCAAUUUUUGAUGUAAAUUUUAAAAAUAAUCUAUUAAAAUACAAUUUAUGA